AUGGCUAAUAAUGACUUUCUUUCAAACCAAGGAGGGCAUAAUCCACAACAUCCUUCCGCUGUAUACGAAGAUUUUCAAGGAAAUAUACAAAAUGGUACUAACAUGAGCCAUCCACCUUUUUCACAGAAUUCACAAGCCCACAGUGGAAUUAAACCUGGCUAUGAAGAUUGCAUCCAACAAGAUGACGGGCAGUGCCCACCUCAACUGCCAAACUUAACCAACCUGCCCACCUUUUAUGAUUCAGUGCCUAAAAAUAAAAAUGUGCAUUGGUAUGGCUUUCAGAAUAUAGCUGUUCGCCCAGUGGUCAGCCGAAAUCCCGCAACAGCCGAAGAUGUGAUUCAGUAUCAUAACAGCUUUCCACAACCUAAUGCUCACAACACAUCGAAUUGUGGGCAGGUAUGGAUACCAAACCCAAAUCAAGCAACUUUCUACCCAAAUCAAGCACCUGUCUACCAAAACCAAGUACUUUACUACCCAAACCAAGUAUCUCCCCAUCAAGCCACCAGUCCUGUAAGCAUGAAUCGGCCCACUUCCCCACAGGCCAUGCUCUGUGCUGCUCAGAUGGGGCAAGUCAAGUACCCCAUGCACCACUACCAAAUUCCUUCACCAGCUAGUGAAGGAAGCUGCAGCCCUACAAGUACUAUAUCCAGUGCUGGAAGCUGCACCCCUACAGGUUCUUUAUCCAGCGCUCGAAGCUCUACUCCGACAAGUACCACAUCUAGGGCUGGAAGUUGCACCCCUACCAGUACAACAUCUAUGGAUGGAAACUGCACCUCUUCAAGUACCAUAUCACAGGCGUCCACCGGAAGAGUAGUCUCAGAGGUUGAGGUGAGUACUUACAUGCACUGUUUUAAAAUGAGGUUCAUUUAGCUAGCUACAUGUUUGGAUCAAUUUGGAUUAUUUUCUUUUUGUUUUAGUAACAUUUACAUUUUAAAUUUCUCAUGUAAUAGGAGAUCUAAAUGUAGCAGAUAGUUAUUGUUCUAUUUGGAAAAUGAAUGGAUUUUUUUAACUACUAAUUCAAAUUCCUUGUAAAUAUGAAAUUGUUAAAGUAUCAAUGGCUCUUUAGUGAAGUACUAUAGACAAAGUACAUCUUAAAUAAGAAUAACAUUAAGGAUGAAAGUAGUGAAUAUUCAAACAUUUGUAUGCUUAUAUUAAUGUCUACAUUUAUAUUUUAUUUUAUUUACUGUAAACAUGAAGUUGUGGUAGGUUGACAAUUGAAAAAUGCUGGCCAACAUUUAGAAAAGGUGAAAAAUAUGUUUCAAAUAAUCUUAUUUGGAGAAUUUUUACAGCUUGGCACUCUCAUCAAAAUUAUUUCAUUCCACUUGUCAAUUUAGUUCAACUUGCUAUUUACUGAAUAAAAAUCUCUAUUUAUUCUAUUUGGUAUAUAACUGUUGCAGGUGUGGGACAAAUCGGGUUAUGACUGUCAAUCAGGAUUUGCUUGUGAAGCCUGUAUAUGGAUGAUAAUGGCAUAUUUUGUAUUAUAUAGUGACUUUAACCUAUUUUCUGCCAAAAUGAACUCAAAUCCAGGUUGAGGUCUACUUUAUUUGUAAAUAAAUAGUAAGAAAUUGUAGUAAAAAUAAACCUUAUGCAUAAAGUCGAUAGCAAUGUUGGCUCCAAGCAGAACACUGUCGACUAAAAUCUACUAUAGAAUUAGUCGACCAAAACUAAACUAAACCAAUUCAGAAGACUAAAACUUAAAUGGCUUUUUAGUCAAAAUACUAUGACUAAAACUAAAUUGAUAUUUGCCUCCAUAAUUAACACGAGGUUGUUGUUUUCCUGGAGAUCUGGACCUUUUGUAGAUGCUGUGCUCUAAAAACUUUCAAAAUAAUAAAAAAAAAUUUCUUUAACCCUAAGUUUAACACUUGCUCCUUACAUUCACAGGAUAAUUCAAGCAUGAGUGAGCUUGAAGAAUUUGCCCAAGAUAUUAAAAGACGGAGGUAUAAAUUGGGUUUAACCCAAGAAAACGUUGGGGACGGACUUGGAGCUUUGUACAGUAAGAUCAGAUAUAAGACGUUACUAAUACAUUGUAGUUAAACAAUCAAAACAAUAUUUCAUUAUUUAUAUGUAGUUAGCUUGUUAAAAAAACAAGCCUCAAAUAAAAAUCUACUUAUAUUUUAAAGGCAAAAAUCUGGUAUUUAAUUACAGCAAAUAAAAUUAUAAAAAAUGUAUAUUACUGAUAAAUUUAAUUUUAUUUUGAUAUAGUAAUGAAUGUAUUUCAUAUUCUAUAUAUUUUAUUUUAUUUGAUAAAUAUACUCUGACCCUUUGAGAAACCACAAAGAGGGCAUCUGAUGCAAAUUACUGUAUUUUUUUUUUUUGUAUAAGAAAGAUCAUGUAAAUAUGCACCGGGAUACAGUUUUAUUGUUCCAAAAAAUCAAAUGCUUAUUGUACGCUUUUCGGGUUGUAGUUGCAAUGCGCUGUCAACAUAAAUAUGUAAAAUGCAUAAGUUAAUAAUGAAAAGGUAAUCAAUCAAGCUCUAUUCAUACUAAUAAAACUAUUAAUAAUAUUAAUGUUUUAAUUGAUUUAGUGAUAAAUAAUAGAGCAUAACCAGAGUUUUAUUUAUUCUACUUUGUUUCAGAUAAACAUUUUAGCCAGACAACAGUUUGCAGAUUUGAAGCUUGCCAACUGAGCCUUACUAAUAUGCGGAAACUGAAACCAGUUCUGGAGAAAUGGUUUCAUGAAGUUGAAACAAAUCCAGCUAGCCGAGAAGUAAGUAAAACAAUUUCUAAUUUUGAGAGGGACUUAUCCCCUAUAGAUUUAUUUACAUCAAAUUGAUCAUUGUUGUUAAAAUUCCACAAUCAGCAGCAGUGGAAUUCAUUGUACAAAAACAACUAUAACUUCAUGUCUGCCAACACUGGAAGGUAUGUGACUGGCAAGGAUGUGUAUGGACUCGAGGGGCAUUGUCAGUGACAUGUGUCAUUGGCGAUGCCCACAAUGGAUGAGCCUGCCUGCAAAAAGGGUUUGCCACCUGAUGCUUCAUAUCAGCCUGGUGCAAAGCACGCCAACCGGACUGACAGCACCUCGAGUCAGCACCCUAUGUAAUAGAUUGGGGUAGGCAACCUUUGACAGGCAGAUGCUUUGGACUACAUCUCCCAUGAUGCUUUGCCAGAAUUAAAUCUGUAAUGGCAUUAUGCGAGAUGUAGUCCACAACAUCUAUUGUGCCAAAGCUUGCCUAAACCUGUAGUAGACCAUGCAGAGAGUACUGCUGAAGCACGCUCUACAUGACCAUAGUGACUGCCACAUAUCUGAAGCACAUCUAAUGCUGCUAUCUCUGUACUACCCAAUGACAGUUCCCUCUUCACAAUUGCACUCAAAACACUAGUAAAUAAAUAACACUUACAUAUCACAAACUAUAAUUGCGUCAGAUAAUUUUCAAGAGAUCUGGGCCUUUGUAGCUGUUGUUGUAUUCUAAACACUUUCAACAUGAAGCAAAAUCAGGCUGGGACAAGACCCUAAAGAAGGAACUGUCUCACCAAGGCAUGCAACCCUACAAGUUCCCUUUCAGUUUUUGGAUUGUGUAAGGGUUCUAUGUUCAGUUUACAGUAAAUGAAGGGUCAUACUUUAAAUCGAUGAGAAUUUAAUAGUUGGAUAACUCAUUGUUCAGUCUACAUGCUGUAGGUUUCAGUAGUAAGGCUAUAGACGUAGGGAGCUACAAAGUUCACUGUUAUGUCCAUGUAGAGCUUCAGAGAUCAGUGUUUAGCCUGACGAGAGGUGCUGUGUUCAGGGUUAUAGGAAUCUAACCAUGUUUUUUUGAAAUCACAUUUAUUGUUAUUAUUAAUAGCCUAUUAUUAUCAUCAAUUAGGACGUGUAUGGCACAUAAAGGAGAAGCAUAUCUUAAUUUUGCAAAGUAUGGGUUGGGCAUAUGGCUACAGUGUUUUAAUAAAUCACUGCUGUUAUAGUAGAUAUGAUAAAAGAAGACAAACAGCCCUUUGCAGUAUAAUCAGUACAAGGUGUACUGCUAGUUAUGGUGCUUGGGGUUCUUUUACGUUAGUAUGCCUUUAACUCUGUUAAAUACGUUCAUUAAAAAUUUAGUAUUGUUUCUUUUUAAAUUUGUUAAUCUACUAGGUUGGAAAAAAAAAUAAUUCUGUGAUUAACAGGUUACUAUUUGUAUUUUUUUUUGCAACCCACUAGAUUGUUGACAGAGGAGAAAAACCGAAAAACUCUGUAAAAAGAAAAAGCCGUACAUGCAUUGAGGAAAAUACAAAGCGCUAUUUGGAAAAGUGUUAUGAGCAGUGCUCUCGUCCCAGUAAAAGGGGCAUUGAAAUCAUUUCAGAAAUAAGCAAGAAGGAAUGUAAAGUAAGUAUUGACAAUAAGACCUUUUCUAUCAGACAACUACUAUGACAUGAACGUUUACGGAGUUAUUCACUUAAGUGAGAAUUCAGAGUGAAUUCAAAGUGAAUUUCAGAUUUAAAAGGACACUAUAGUCAUAAGAACCACAACAGCUUAAAGUGGUUCUGGUGUCUAUAGCCUGCCCCUGCAGGAUUUUCAAUAUAAACACUAUUUUUCAGAGAAAAGGCAAUGUUUACAUUGGUGCCUAGUAACUCCUCACGCUGCAGUCAUUCAGAUGGCCACUAGAGGCGCUUCCUAGUCUAGGGCUGCACAGUGUGCAGCACUGGUGUUCAGCAUCUACAUACUCUGCAUGGAAAUAUUGACCAUUGCCCACUGAAAUGCAUUGAUUCAAUGCAUCUGUAUGAGGAGAUGCCAAUUGGCACACUGCAGCAUAUUUCUGCACAUGUGCAAUGUCCUUCCAAUGACCAUACGGAGAAGCAUUGGAUUGGCUAAGAUAAUCAAGAUUGAUGAUCUCAGCCAUGGAGACGGAGCCAGUCAUGGUGAGAAUGGUGCGCCCUGGGUGAAAAGGUGAGUAAAAUUGCCUUUUCAACAAGAUCAUCUAAAAUGCCACAUAAGAGCUAUAGAGUCAGGAAUACAUGUUUGUAUUGCUAACACUAGGGUGCCUUUCAGCCUAAAGUAGCCUAAAUGGAUGCUCUGCAUAUAUCAGACUUGGUACUUGUGAAUUAUAUAUAUUUUUUCAUGUAAAUAAUUUGUUAAUAAUUAGAUCUCAUCAUACAAUAUCAAUUCCUUUAUUGACCACCCAUUACUUUCAUUAUUUAUCAAUAGGUUAUUCGAAACUGGUUUUGCAACCGUCGUCAGAAGGAAAAAAAAGAACUGGACAAACGUCUAAAGGAGAAGCCUGUAGCAACUGAUAGCUUUGCUCAACCCAUUCCAGCUCCUAACACCGGAAACUGUGUCAUGCCACCAAUGGCAGUACAACAACCCUAUCUAAUUGACAUGACUGGAUCAAAUCAUACACCUUUUAUGGCUACAAACAACCAAAAUGGACAAUUCAUCCAACAUGCCAUGCAAAGGAUGCCUCCUGGAUACUAUACUCAGUAA